CAUCAGGGUUGCAAGUCAUCAUGCGAUAAGAAACAACGCAAGCUGUGAAGACGUCAGGUGGAUAUGUUCUGACUCCGUACUUUUAUCCUUUGUUUUGUUCAUUAUUGUUGGCGUAUUAUACUACAUUACGUUUAGUUACUCCAAAAUUAAUCGAGGUAUUUAAAUGGAGCGUGACACAAAUCAAAUGUCCCAAAGUCCCUCUCUGUGCAGAUCAGGCUGCGGUUUCUACGGGAGCCCCAAAACUGAUGGAUUGUGUUCAAAAUGUUACAAAGAUGCUCUGAAAAGAAAGCAGGCAAAUCCAGCACCUCCACCACUGAGUGGGCGCACCAGCCCGACUCCUACAUCCACAGUUGCUGCUUCCGUUUGUGACGACAAAGCUCCUUCCCCAAAAGAUGACAAUUUGUCCACAGCAUCUCCAACAGUGCCAGCUCUCGUAGUUACUCCACCUAGUCAAGAUCAGAGCAAACCUGAGGCUUCAAAACAAACCCCUGCUGAUUCUGAACCAUCUCCUGCAAGUCCGACUUCUUCCGAAAAGGGUGAAGGUGAAUCUUCUUCGCAGCAAGAUGAAUUAAUGGAGAAGGAUCAGAAAAAGAAGAAAAAUAGAUGUCACAUAUGCAAAAAGAAAGUAGGGUUAACUGGAUUUCCAUGUCGAUGCAAUGGUUUGUUCUGCAGCGUUCAUAGAUAUUCAAAUGAGCACAAUUGUACAUUUGAUUACAAACAGCUUGGUGCUCAAGAAAUCCGAAAAAACAAUCCUUUAGUGGUUGGAGAGAAAGUAAAGAAGAUCUGAGUAAAGUAUAUACCUAUACAGCAACACCUGACGUCAAAUGACAUUUAAUAUUGUGACACUGGGAGCUUCACAAUAAAACAAUGUUUCGAAUUGAAGCUUUUGGUGUUCAUGGAAUCAUUUCCCCCCUGCAUUGUAGGUCUGUUUAGUCGUGUUCAAUUUUCAGUAUAUGGCUUUCUUGUUUUUACUUUCUCUUGAGAUUUAUAUUUUAGAAAAGUAACAUUAAUAUGUUUUUAAAAGUAUACAUGUUAUUCUAAUUUAAUCAGUUUAAUUUUGUUCCUAUAAUGCUGCUUUCUGUAUUAAAAUGUUUUAAAUUCUUAUUUGGAGUAUUCUAUUUGCAAAUACUAUCAGAAGAAAAAGAUAUUGCUUUUCCUUUUAUGUUUUGUAAACUGAUGUAUACAUAAUAUCUAUAAAACAUUUUAGUAAUUAUCACUAUUUGAGAGUGUAACAUUUUAUUACAUCAAUCUAAAAAGAUAGAAAAUAAUCAGUCUUCGUGCCUGUUUUCUCUGCUUGUACCAUUGUGAAUGUUACUUUGCUUUGCUGACAGUUGACAUAUUUUUUCUGAUAUUUGUAUUUAUAAUGCCUGGAAUUUAAAGAAUGUGGCAACAGUUUCUAGUUUUUGUUUAAAUAGCUUAUUUCAUAUAUAUUUUUGUUCGAGUAUAGUAGAUUAUUGUGCUACGCUAUGAGUAUAUUCUUUGUGCUAGCAUUUAUAAUAAGGACUGUAGUUACAGACAUGAAGUAUAUAUACUGAUAUAUUUGUUAUUCCUGCUACAUUUGUAGUAUAUUGGAGACCUGCAAUAAGUCCAUCCUUUGAAAGAAGGGAAACAAAAUUUAGUGAGGGAACUUUUUACUGAUUCUGAUUUUCCAUACCCAAACUUAAACCUUGCAUGCCCUUUUUUUUUUUUAAAGGAAACUAUCUUUAAUGUGUCUUUAACAAGGCAUUUUUCCAAAUUUCGCUAUGGAUUGUGAGAACUUUGUAAUGUCUAUACACAAAGACCGGGAAUCAACCCCGUAGAUAGGAAUAUUUGUGCACAAGUAUAAGUAUUUGUAGCAAAGCACAAUACAUGAGUUGGGUUUCCUGUUUUGACUUAUCACAAGGUCAUGUGAUCUUAUGCAUCAUCUCUAGCUGUCCAUUUUUACAAUAAAUUAAUGGUGCAUUAUUUCUCUGAAUGAUUUGUAAAAACUUUUAUGUAGGUGAAUAAUAAAGUGUUACAGUGAUUGGUGAAUGGUGGUGGAUUUUAUGUGUGCUUUCUACAUACAUUUCAUUUUUCACCAACAUUCUCCUUAUAUAUAUGUCGAUAGGCUAAUAUGGGGUAUUGCAACGUAAAUUGUACAGUGUGAAUUCUUGAACACUUUCUUUUUAAAAUUUUGAAGUAACAUUUGUGUUUCAAACAAAAUAUAAAUAAAACAACUAAAAUUUAUGCUGUUAAAUAAUAUAAUCAUAUAAAUUACUAUAUGUAUGCGUAUAUCAUUAAACAAGUUUGUCUUUUGCCGCUUUUGAUUUUAGUAGAGAUUCAUUAUUGCAUAAGAACUAAGGACAAUAUGUAGCCAAGUCUUUGCUUUGUACUGCUGAUUGUUUGUAAAUAAAGUCUUCGUAUGUUGUAUAUUUUUUAAAUUUCACUAUAAAAUGUAUCAGAGCUAAGUGCGCAAAUUUACAGAUUAAUCUGUGUGUAGCUGUGUAUAUUCCUGCUAUAUAUUAUGAUUUAGAUUUCAAGUGCUUUUUCCUAUAUUAAAAAAUAUUUCAGAUAUUUGUUUAAUUUUCUGUGAAAGCUUUUGCACAUACAAAACUAAUGUUAUGGCUUUAAUAUUGAAAUUCUAAUCAACAGUGAUUUUAAAAUUUCAUGUAAUUUUCAUUGGAGUAACUUGUAUUUUAAUAAAAGUAUCAGGUAGUAUAAUUUAGAUUGUAUGAGCAAUUGCCUUUUUAGCAUUAAAGGAAACAGUGUAAAGUGCAAGUGUUUACAGAGUAUCUUUAAUGAUUUAAUGUAGUGAAGGUUUUGCUAUCAUAAAAUAAAUUUUUAAGUCAGAUCA